CACCUGCAGUCAGGUGACUCUUAACCGUUAUCCGUGCUCUAUUAAUCCGGCAUCCUAACCACGCCCACCAAAGAAAUAUUAAAAUUAAGCAAGGGAAGAUAUUCAAUCUGGAGACAUGUCAAGUGUCAGACAAUGCAAAAGAUUAGCAAAGGCACUUUCUAGUCAAGCCCUACACAGGCCACCAUAUGCAGCUAUAGGCCCUCAUCAAUCCAAUGUACUUGUACUACCGCAAUGUAGGAAAGCCUCCUCUUCCAGUGGUACUGUUAGGAGUUGGAUAUUGAAGAGAGUCUAUGGGGUCAUUAUUAUAGUGGGCGUCACAGGAGGAGGACUACUAGUGUUCAAAUAUUGGCUUGACAGACAAGUUGACAACAAGCUCUCCUGGAUCAAGAGCUACUAUCCUUCUGGUGUCUCUGAAAAAAUAUCUGAUGGAUUAGUGAACAUUUCAAAUUGGAUAAAGACGGGUACUAAUAAUUCAUCAUCAUCAUCAUCUUCAUCAUCAUCAUCAGAGGCUCGUACUGUUGUUGAUGAUAGACCCAGUAAUAAUGAUGAACUUAUAAAGCUACAGAAAGAUGUCAACAUGCUAAAGAAUAAAUUAUCAUCAGUUGAGAAAGAAAACUAUGAGCUGAGGAAGGAGCUAUCCAAACACACAGGUGUGAGUCCUAAUGCUGUGCAGCCUGGACAGAAGACACUGAUUGAAAUGUAUUCUGAGAUACUCACUCUCUUGACCGAGUUUGAUGCAAAGUCGCCAUUAACUGACAGGAAACUAGUUCACAGUCUACCACAAGUGGUUGUAGUUGGUGAUCAAAGUGCUGGGAAGACAAGCGUCUUGGAAAUGGUAGCCAAUGCAAGGAUAUUUCCCAGGGGAGCUGGAGAGAUGAUGACUCGAUCACCUGUUAUGGUGACUCUAAGUGAAGGGAGUGACCAUGUGGCCAUGUUUAGCGACAGCUCGACUGUUUAUGACCUCAAGAAGGAGGCACAGUUGAAGGCACUCCGCCAUGAAAUUGAGAAAAGAAUGAGAGCCAGUGUGUCCGAUGGUCAGACUGUGAGCUCGGUCCCGAUAUCACUGGUGGUCAAAGGGCCGCAGAUAAAGAGAAUGGUACUCAUUGAUUUACCAGGGAUCAUUAAUACUGUUACUACAGGCAUGGCUGCCAAUACUAGGGAAGAUAUCAUGAAAAUGUGUCGUCAGUAUAUGCAGAAUCCUAAUGCCAUAGUCAUGUGUGUACAAGAUGGAUCAGUUGAUGCUGAGAGAAGUAUUGUCACUGAUUUGGCUAGUCAAGUGGAUCCUAAUGGUCACAGAACUAUAUUUGUAUUGACUAAGGUUGACAUGGCAGAGAGCAAUGGAUUAAAGCAAGAGAGAAUAUUAUCAAUACUGGAUGGCUCAUUAUUCCCAAUGAAAGCUCUAGGAUAUUAUGCUGUGGUAACAGGAAGAGGUAAUACCGGUGACUCCAUUGAACAGAUACAGCGUUAUGAAAGGGAGUAUUUCGCUAAAUCCAAAUUAUUCCAGAAUGGCAUGCUAAGGGAAGCACAGCUAAGUACACGAAAUAUGAUAUCUGCUGUCAAUGAUGAGUUUUGGAAGAUGGUGCAGGAGUCGAUUAACGAUCAGGCUUUGUUGUUUAAAACUCUUAGGUAUAAUUUAGAAGCAGAAUGGAGGAACAAAUUUCCAGGAGAGAGGACUUUGGACAGGGAUGAUCUAUUUGAAAUGAGUAAAGCUGAUAUACUGACUCAGGCAGCCAGUCUACAGGUCCUCCCUCCUACCAAAUGGGAAGACAUUUUAAUGAAUUCUCUGUGGGAUCAAAUUGGUCCUAAAGUCCUUGAUGAGAUAUUUGUACGUGCUGCUCAGAGCCGAUCAUCAGAUGAGUUCAACACUGUUGUUGACAUUGAGCUGCAUAAAUGGGCAGACAGUCUACAACUGGCCAGCCUCUGUGCCAAUGUUGGCAUGACAACUCUCUUUGAACAGCUGCACAACAAACUAGCUGACCUCAAGGGAGGGAAAUUCAUGACUCUUAGUCAAGGGCUAAGAGAAGAAGUAGAGAGGCUAAGCAGAGAACUACAUAAAUGGGAGAGCUACAAUAUUGAUCAGCUGAAAUACGUUCAAAUGUCUGCUCUUGAUGAUAAAGACGUAACAGCAGAGGACCAGUGGCAGUCGUCAGUUGAAUUCAUGAAGAGUACACUGAGUAAACAGGUAAAGCAAGCCAGCAGUGAUCUGUCUGCUUUAAAGGGACCAUCGUCAUUUUCUCAGCGUUGGCUGGGCUGGAGCAGCCAAACAAAGCAACAGGUGGAGAGGCAGGCAAUUUUAGAGGAAUUGGAUAAAUUUCUAAAAGCAGAGCCGAAUCAUCCAAACAAACUCUUUGUUGAUGAAGUCCUAACAGUUCAAAGGUCACUGAAGAACAAAGGACUGAUUGUUCCUGAGAAAGAAAUUCAAUUAGCAUGGAGUCACGCAUACAGGCUACACUUCUUGCAACAAACACAACAGAAAGCUCACAAUUGUCAGAAAGGAUUUCUGUUAAGACAGCAUAGCCCACAAUUUGCUUGCCCUGAAGUGACAUUCUUUUGGCGAGUGCAGCAAGUAAUGCAGAGUUCCGCCCGCACACUCAGAGUACAAAUAUUAGACAGGGAAGUGAGACAGCUGGAGCAACAGCUAAAGAUUAUUUUGGAUAACAUUGGUAAUGAUGAGAAAAGAAAGAGAGAUCUUAUUCGAGGCAAUGCCGUAGACAAAGCCGAACAACUUAAGCAAGUCCGUUUGAUACAAGAAAAGUUGGACUCAUUUCGACAGUCACUCCUGAAGCAGCAGAAAAGACAAACAAACUAGUUUCAAAUUUCAUUUCUUUGUCUUAAAUUGGCAUGAAAACAAAAUUAUUACCCAUUUUGGUAUAAUAUGAUGUGUAUGGUUUUAAUUUGCAAUAACACUAGGGUAGUUGCAGUUUCUUGUUUUGCAAAUACACAUAUACUGUAAACACUAUCCAUUAAUUUUAACUAUUUUAACCAUUGGCC